CAAAAGCCGAAACGGAGCCGAAAUCCCCCACAUCUCCACCACAGUAGACAUUCGACACACGGCACAUACGAGCACGCGCACGCGUGUACAUAUACAUACAUACAUGUCUCUGUGUAUAGGACUGUAGCUGAACGAGCUAUCAAGCAAGCGCAUCGCACAUACAAUACAAAAACUGUACCAUCUAAAUACGUCGUUUACCUUCUUUUAUUAGGGCAUACUUUAUAUCCACAUACAUAUAAUCGUUCGAAUCAUAGCAUAUAUACUCUCUUGUUCAUAUACUGCACAACAUGCUUCCCAACAAUAUGUCAGCCAACAGACAGGGCAAUAUGUCUGGGCGGCCGUCGCGGCGCCAUAAGUUCAUCCGCCGAUUGUUAUUGUUCCGGCAAAUGGACUUUGAGUUGGCUAUGUGGGAGAUGCUGAACCUGUGUAUUGCACCGAGUAAAGUGUACAGGAACAUCACAUACCACAAGCAGACAAAGAAUCAGUGGGCCAGAGACGACCCAGCUUUCUUAGUGUUAUUGGCAGGGUGUCUUUGUAUCACAUCUGUUGGCUUCUCCGUGUACUUCUGGUUCCCCUGGUGGAAGCUGUUGUCAUUUGCCCUUUGGGUCAUACUGUUCGAUUGCGUAGUCAUCGGAUGCAUCAUUUCUACCGCUGGGUGGCAUUUAUCAAACAAAUACCUGAGACUGGAAACUCCGCACACAACCGACGAGAAGGUGGAAUGGGGCUACUGCUUUGACAUCCACUGCAAUUCUUUCUUCCCGCUAGUGCUGAUCCUCCACGUGCUGCAGUUGGUACUGAUGCCUCUGCUGAACAAACAAACUUUCAUCAGUGUGUUCUUGGCCGACACAUUGUACCUGUGCGCAGUUAGCUCCUACAUAUACAUCACUUUCCUCGGAUACUCUACACUGCCAUUCCUGGGCAAUACGGUGGCCCUCCUCUUCCCCGCCGUGGCCAUGCUUGGUACCUACAUCAUGUGCAUCCUUCUGCAAAUCAACCUCACCACGACAGUACUGUACAUGUAUGGCAUCGAAAGCACCGGCCCACAGUAGCUGGACACAUAAAGACGCUCCUCGAUCGGCUCGAAAUGUUGCUAUUGAUCAUUACAACAGUCUGCGGGGACGCUGAUGAGAUUGAAGUCCUUGUGUAGUACUCAUAGAUAUUGCUAAUAUAUGAUAGGCGAUUCUAUGGAUGUGUCCACCGUGCUGGUGUCACAAAUUCCGAGCUGCUAAUCAUUGCGUACGAUUCAUAUUUGCAGCUAAGAGUUAAGGUAGAACAUUCAAGGUUACUAUAUAUAUUCAUUCAAAGUGGAUAGUGCGUGCUUUUGAGAAAUUACUGGCUAUUUAGCCAUCAUGUGAUAUAACGGUAGCUCUCAUGAAGGUACAUGGACAUGUGGGGCUACAUUGGUAUAUAGUGAGGUGCGACUAUUAAGUAAGCGAAUCUCAAUAAGACAUAUCCCUACUACUUCGCAUGCUGCUUUUACCUGCAAGGUUGACGUAAGACACGAAUUAAAUCGGACCACCCCGGUGGAAGAAAGUAUCCUCCAUCCUGGAGAUGGAGAUAGAUCAAAUAAAUUUCUAAAGGG